CAAGUGUCAGUAUUGUAAGUGAGAAUUGUGUGCAUUUCGGAGAAGACAUGGAGGCGAAAGGAAAAUAAAGAUGACGGAAAGUUUAAUAAAUGAAUGGCUAGCAGACUGUGCAGAUGUCUCAUCUUCAGAACUCCAUACUUUUGCCACUACUUUAUCACAAGACAAUGAAAUAGUUAGAGCACUUUAUGUACUCUUAGAAGAACGUAGUAAAUACAGUCAGUUGGUGGAUACAGUAUGUGAUCAAUUAUAUAAUUUUUAUCGCUCUCGAGAAACAGAAUUGCAAAGGUUUACCUUGCAAUUUUUGCCAACAUUGGUGUACAUUUAUUUGAAUUCUGCAGCACAUGGUGAUAUUAAGAAUUGCAGGUCUGUAGAAACAUUAUUGAUUGGCCUAUAUAAUUUAGAAAUAGUGGAUAAAUCUGGACAACAGAAAGCUAUUUCUUUUAGACUACCUUCACUUGCUAUGCUUUCUAUAUUUCAUGAGCCUGCAAGUUUAGCACCUGCUUCUUUAACUGAGAGUGCAGUACGCAGAUUCGAAGAAUGUAAUACAAAACUUGUUAGUUGGGGCCCAUUGCAACAAGUUGAAACACUAAAUGCUCAGAACAGACUAAAAGUUAUGACUGCUCUUCUUUUUAUCUACAAUCAACAACUUGGUUAUAUAAGUAAAUUUGCUUUGGAACAAUUAUGCAAAGUUGCUACUAAACUUGUUACUCAAGGAUUCAUGAAACCAGGACAUCAUCAACGAUCUUCUUAUGGAAGUGAGUCUAGUUUUGUUCCUAGGCUCUUACCACGCAUACCUGUAUCCAGUCAGUUUCUUCUUGAAUUUUUGCAUGCUGUUUACUUUGCUAUGUAUAAUGACUGUUGGUAUUUAGGAACACAAGCAGUGGAAGAUAUUCAUAAUCGAGCAUGUUAUGAAACAUAUCCAGAUGUUAUGUUAGUUACAAAUGCUAUACGUAAUUCUGCUACUACUGGACCAUCAGGUCAACCUAGUGAUGGACCGAUUGGCAUUAGUGUUGCAUUAUCACCAGCAACUGCAACUGCAACAGUGUCUAAAUCAAUGAUCACAAAUGCCUCGUUCCGAACCAAAAAGUUACCAGAUGACAUACCAAUUCAAGAAACGAAGAAAGAUUCUGGAGGAGAAGGUAAGAGUAAUCUUGUAUCAAUCACAGAAGAAGAAUUAAUAGAACCAAAUAGAGUUGGUUCAAUAAGACAAUCGAAGGAUCAAAAGACUGCGUCUAAAAUCACGAAUUUUCCGGUACUUGGAAAAAAGCCACGAGAAAAGGAAGGUAAAGUAACUAAAAAUGCUCACGUUAGCGCACUUGAAAAGGAAAAGAAACUUGGGUCUCAAGCAACUUCAAAGGAAAGUAUUAAAGGUAGUUCCUCAAUGUCAAAUAAUGAGUCAACAGAAAUUGAUAACAAUGUUAAUGGAUGUUCAAUCAAGAAAAAGAAUAAUAGUGUAGAAAAUAAUUCAGUUACAGUAGACACUAACGUUUCUUUGAUUGAUGGUGAACGGCUUGCGUUGGGUGUAGAUAUAGAUAACACUAAUAUCGAAACUCCUAUUACAUUAAGGACGCAUAAUGAAACUGAAUCAUUAACUUCAUCUAUUCAAGUCAGCUCUGUUUAAGUUAUAACAGGUAAAUUUUUAAAACAGAAACAACAAA